AUGCCUCGGCUGUCAGCCAGUGGCAGACUUUUCGUAGACUGCAGCCCAUCUUCAAGGGACAGCCAACUGAGCCAACUGUCAUCGCGAACCUCGGCGCGAGGCUAUCUCGUGGAGGCCCUGGAUGGCGAGCCCCCGCAGGAUGAGUUCCUCAAGGCUGGAGCCAUCAUCAUCUCCAUCGCUGGCGUGCAGCUGCUUCGCCUCUCCGAUGACGCUUUGGAAGAUGCCUUUGGCUCCAACUUUGAGGAUGGAGCAGAGCUCGUCCUCGUAGAUUGUGAGGAGUUGCGGCGAGCAACCGUGGAGAGAGACUCUCAAGGUGAGUGCCCUUGCAACGAAGCAGACGAAGACAUGGAGGAUGCCCCACCGGACAUGCAGGAGCCGGAAGAGCUAAUGGAGCAUGGCAGCGUGCUGAAUCUCCGCCUGUGCCCGGCCACACAGAUCCGGGACUUGGCCCCAGACAUGCGUGCCUCACUGGAUGACGAUCUGCAAACCUUCGCGGGGCACCACGAGUUGCGGGUGGAGCUGCACUGCCCAGAAGCCACCACAGCCUCUGCAAGGCUGACGCUUUGUGGUGUCCCAGAAGAUGUGACCGCUUCCAGAGCGGAGGCGGAAGAGCUCAUGAGGUUCUAUGGCUUGCUUCCGCUGCCUUCAGAGGAGGUGAGCACCGUGGAGGUGGAAGGCCUGGUGAUGAAGUCGCUGCCCGCUAGGCACCGGCGUCGGCGCAAGGCGCCAGAGACGGCGCGCGAUGAGGAAAAGGCGAGCAAGGCUGCGGUGCUGCAGAUCGCUGCAGAGGAGGAGUCGUCAAAUGUUCAGGAUCCACAUCCAAGCGCAGCGGAUGCAGACGUGGCCCUGGACUUUGAAGAAGAGAGGCGGCAGUUCGAGUAUUUGGAUCACACGGCGGAUGUGAUUCUCCACUCUUGGGGUCAGACACUGGAAGAAGCCUUUGCGCAAUGCUGUGUUGCCUUCUUUGCAUAUCUGACAGAUCUCGACACCGUGAGCCUCUCGACAUCUGUGGAAGUCGAGGCGUCCGGGCACGACAUGACGGAUCUCUUGUACCACCUCUUAGACGAGUUCCUCUUCAGCUUCAGCACCGAACUGGUGGUCUGCCGGCGAAUAGAGCUACUGGAGCUCGACACGGCGAGCUUGCGAGCGAAGGCUAGAGGUCAUGGGGAGAAAUUCAACCUCAAGAAGCAUCCGCAGGGGACAGAGAUCAAGGCGAUUACUAUGCACCAGAUGAAGGUGUUGACGCCCACCGAGGUCAGCACCGAGGCAGGCACUCGGCCUCGAGUCGAUUGCCCGCUUGAUGGGGGUACGAUGAAGCCUGGCUUCCCCUACGAAUGCUACGUGCUGGUGGACAUCUGA